AUGGAGGUUGUGGACCUCAAACUCGGCCCUCGUCCUUUUCGUGUCUACAGUUCGUGGAUUGGGCAGCCGGGUUUUGAGGAAGCUGUCAAAGAGGCCUCGGAGAAAUUUGUUACUUUUGAUCCGCCAGACGCUAGUCUUUCUUCUAAAUUCGCCCAUAUUAGAGCUCGUCUUAAAAUCUGGAGGGACGAAUUCUUGAGCAAAGAAAAGGAAUCUGUCAGUUUGGCUCUUUUGGAACUAGAGGUAUUGGAAAGUGAUAUGGAAAAUAGGGACCUCACAGAAGAAGAAGAAUGGACGUUGGUGGAAAAUAGGAAAAUUGUGAAAGAAUCAGAUUAUAGAAGAAAUUUGGAUCUCAAACAAAGAGCGCGUUCGAAGUGGGCUUUAGAUGGUGAUGAGAACUCCAAAUUCUUUCAUGCUUUGAUUAAUAAUAGGAAGGCCUCCAACUUGAUUCACGGCCUCAACAUUGAUGGUGUUUGGGGUUCGAAACCGGCGUUAAUUAAAAAACAGGUUCUUUCGUUUUUUCAAGACAAAUUUAGAGAAGUUGCUCUCAAUCGUCCGGAGUUGGAAUGUAUGAAUAUUAAGAAGAUUUCGGAAAUGGAUAGUAAUUUUCUUAUUGAGCCGUUCUCGGAGCAUGAAAUCAAAGAAGCAGUUUUUAAUUGUGGUGACGAGAGAGCCAUGGGUCCUGAUGGGAUGAAUUUUAGAUUCAUCAAACAUUUUUGGAGCUUAUAUUCAAAGACGAUUUUGUGA